AUGGCGAAGAGGAAGGCAAGGAAAGAUCCAGAAACCUUGGAAGAUGCGCCAGCGCGUGCAAAUGGCGCAGAUGAGGGAGAAAGCAGCGACGAGGACAUGGACAUGCUCGAUGUUGAGUUCGAGUGGUUCGAUCCUCAGCCCGAGGUCGACUUCCAUGGCCUGAAGACACUAUUGCGACAACUAUUCGAUGUGGACGCCGAACUCUUCGACCUCUCCGCGCUGUCCGACUUCAUACUCUCGCAGCCGUUGCUCGGCUCGACGGUCAAGACGGAUGGAAAUGAGUCAGAUCCUUUCGCAUUCCUGACGGUGCUGAAUAUGUGCCAGCAUCAGGACAAGCAGGUGAUCAAGGAUCUCGCGCGCUACCUAGCGGACAAGUCAAGAUCCAGUCCCUCAAUAGACCAACUACCAGCGCUCCUAGACCCUUCAUCCUCUGCGGAAGUCGGCCUAAUCCUGACUGAGCGCUUCGUCAAUAUGCCCGCCGAAAUCGUCCCGCCAAUGUACAACAUGCUUCUCGAGGAGAUUUCAUGGGCGCUCGAGGAGAAGGAACCAUACAACUUCACACACUACCUGGUACUCUCGAAGACUUAUACGGAAGUAGAGUCGAAGCUCGACCAAGAAGAGAAUCGGCCGCAGAAGAAGAAGCGGAAGGACACAAAAGGAGAGGAGACGUUCUACUUCCAUCCAGAAGACGAGGUGCUACACAAGCACGCGCUUGCGCAAUGCAGCUUCGAGUAUACCAAGCAAAGUGACGAGGGCGCGUCAGACGCGAAGCGCGCGUUUCAGGAGAUGGGGAUAAGGCCGACGGGUCACAUGAUUUUGCUUGAGGCGUCUAAGUUUGAGACUGCAGUCAAGGCUGUAGGCGAGUAUCUAAGUGGACAAUCAACAACGUCGUGA